AUGCAAGCCACUAUGUACCCAUCUGCUAAAAGAGACCAUUCCCUUAAUUUCUUCAUUCCCUCAUCUACUGCUCAUUUUUACUUUUAUUUCUUGAAGGUUGACACCUCGGCCGAUGGAUACGUAGACUGGAAUGAGUUUUGUACGUAUAUGCUAAUGCAGCUCCGCGAGACAGACUACAUGCGACUCAAGAAAUUCAUUCCUUUCUCAGCAGAACCAAAGAUACGGCACAUUGUUCAAAACAGGCAAGAGUGUACACAUAGCAUAACGUCAACAGAGAACCCGACCAGAUUCAUCACAAUCAGCAAAGAAGGUAUUUUGGGUGUAUUUGACAUGCAUCUCCACCUUGAGAAAUGGCACGAGGUCGUAUCUGAGAAGGAAGAUCCACGAGGAACAAAGCGACGAUUCAAGACGUGGUACUCGGAUAUUGUUUACAUGCCAAAUGUUCACAAGCUUGCAAUAACUUCUACUGGACGUGAUAUACGAUUUUGGGAUGUUUCAACGAAUUCAUAUUUUGAAGAGUUCCAUCUUUAUGCUCUGAAUGAUAUGCCGAUAUGCAUGGAUUAUUGGUAUGACAAAAAGAAUCCUGCAGCUGAGUCAUUACUAGUGGUUGGUUUUGACAUGGGUUCAAUCCACCUGUUUUACUUCAGUCAACCAAUGACAAGUCUGUUUGCAACGCUAUUCAAGGAAUCAGAAGGCACGCAAAGAAUCUGGACACAGGAUCUACACCUCCAUCAAAAGUUUGUCCGUGUCGUAGUACUACCCAACAUCCACAAACAGGAGAUGGUUCGCAAGGUUCGCUACAUCCCGGAUAACGACUUUAUUCUAUCGUCAAGUAGUAGCAACAAGACUUCAAUGGUUAUGAUGGAUAUUCAGGGAAAGAAAAAAACUUACGUGUUUCGACUAAGCAAGGGUGUAGAAUGUUUUGAUUUCAACAAAGCUUUAAACGUGAUAGCCACUGGAAGCAUCGACCACUGUGUUCGUUUAUGGAAUCCGUACGUGGAGGAUAAACCAACGGCAAUGCUGUGUGGUCAUAUGAUGUCCAUUGUAGAUGUUAUCAUACACGAAUCUUAUCACCAAAUAUUUAGUUAUUCAAAAGAUGGGGUAGUAAAAGUUUGGGAUUUAAAAGAAUACACAUGUCUGCAAACAGUUUCAAUUAGAUUUCCAUCGCUGCAACAUUCUCGAGUGCCCGAAUAUGGCGCGGCUUGCCUGCAUAUCUUUCCACCUCCAAUUCACACGAUGAUGGUCACGUGUGGAGAUUAUGUAGCAAUGCUGAAAAUUGGCCGUGUCGAUGCAAACAUGAAUCGUGGCCUACAGACCCAUAAGGAACCUCUUUGUAGUGCAAUAUAUAACACAAGAUUUAAUCAGGUUGUGACAGGUGCUGAUGAUUCCAGCAUCUCUGUUUGGGACUUUGAGACCGGAGCUAAAUCCCACACAAUUAACAAGGCUCACGGCGAUGAGGAAAUCACAUGUAUGAUCUUUACAACCUCCGGGAGGAGGCUCAUCACUGGAGCUAGGAACGGAAGCAUUAAGGUUUGGAACUUUCAGAAUGGGCACAACAUCCAUCAGUUGGAUGUUGUCGAUGAUGUGGAGAUCACAGGUCUUGUGUCAUUUGGUGACAAGAAGGGAAUUCUCUCAGUUGGCUGGAAUCGCUUGAUUGUCAAGUAUGAUGAUAGUGAUUCGGAUAUUAAUUUUGUCAAGGCAGACCUCAGCUGGGAAGGGGGUCAACUCCACCAGGAUGACAUUCUGACAAUGGAUUUCUUUCCCCCGAAUCUUCUUGCUACCGCAAGCUUUGACGGCCAGCUUGUGAUAUGGAGUGUCGAAACAGAGAAACCAUUCGUUCACCUGAGAAAGGGCCAACCAACUGUAAUUACUCAGCAGCUGAAGGAAAUUCUUUCCACAUCUGGUGUGAGUGCACCGAGUAGAAGACAAUCUGCCAUGACGACAGCAUCAAGCAACUCAAGGCCAAGCACACGGCACAGGCAGAAGCACAAACCCCCAGCAGGGUUUUCCCAGGCACCAGUGGACAAAGUAAUGUUUCUGAAGCACCGUCUCUCACAAGGUACGACAGAUGCCCCAACGUUUAUCUCCAGCGAAGCAGGCUAUCUUCACUUCUGGUGCGUGUAUGGCAGUAGUCACUAUAGAGGUUAUUUUUAUGCUAGUGACAGUGAAGACCGUGAGGAAUCUGUGUUAUGUAUGUGCAGUAACCAUGACGACACCUUCCUGAUCACAGGUGACACAAAGGGUUACGUCACAAUAUGGGACAUUGCUGAACAUGCUCUGUAUCCAUCAGAUUACGAAAUUGAACAGCCACCUGUAAUAACCACCUGGCAUGCACACGAUACCGCUCUUGUCAGUGUGGACUUGAUAGACUUUGAGAACCAGCAGUUCCUGUUGACAGCGUCUACUGAUUGUACUGCUAGGCUCUGGACCAUAGAAGGCCACUAUGUUGGAAUGUUCGGCCAGAAGCACCAAUGGAACAUCCGAAAACCAGAGUCUUACAAGUACCCUUUAAACCCUUGGUCAGCUGAUAUGGAAGACAUUCUUAAUGAAGCAAGUGAAAUAAGUGGUGAAGAAGAAUUGGAUUUGGAAUCAAUCGAAGCAGAUUAUCCCAUAGAAAUCAAAAUCCAGGACUUUGACGAAACUGGGGAUAUAGGACAGGGCGAUGCAGAAACCAGCCAAGAUAAAAAUAAUGUUCCACUUGCAAAUGGGACAAAAAUCGAAGCCACAUUUCCAGUAACAAAAUACGAAACAAUUAGCAAAUCACCAGAAUCUACCGAAGCUCACACAGACCUUAUCACACCAUCUAAUAGUAUAGAAGCUUCAAUUGGCCAUAAACGGGUUCGUCCACAGACAAACUCAUCAGUGCAUAGAGAUAGGCUGACAGCAUCAAGAGGGAUAACACGGUCAAGAACUUCAUUCUCGCAUUUUAGUUGCAAGAAGACCCUUGUGAACUCUAGUGACCUUGAUACUCUGCCAACUGCUCCAUCGAGCAUUUUGGGGCGCCGUAUCGAUGAGGGUUUAGCUAGAAUAACUCAAAGCCGUCAAGAACGUCGACAUCGAUAUGGUGAAGUCAACUCCAAAACAACAGCCAGGUUUGGCAAACUAUGUUCACCAUUCCAGGCACUAGCGACUCUGGAAACAAGUGAAGUACGUUUUCCUCGGACUCUACCAAUGACGCCACGGAUGGUCAGUCGAGGUUUGACGUGUUCCAACGAGACAGAACUGCGAUCACUGAACCUAGACAUACCGAUUGCUGAAAGCAAGUCAGAUAAAGAACAAAUGCCACUCACAGAUACUGGUCAGAGGUCAUCCAUGACAGGAACACCCAUCCUACCUCCAAUUAAAACCUUUAAUAGGUAGCACUGCAAAUUUCAGUGCAUAUUAAAAUGCAUAGUCGAUAUUUAAUAUCUAUGAUCUAUUUAUUUUUACUUCAUCCUCAUCAGACGGUACUGGUACUGAACAUUUGUAUUGAAAUCUUACUUUACAUUACUGUCAGUAAAAGUUGGAUUUCUGCAGGAAGUAAACAGUAUCCUGAACUAAAAAAGAAUAUUUGGUAGCUAAUUAGCCUGGGUUCCAGGCUCUAAUUC